AGCAUUUCACGGAUCAGAUGUUCAGCCUCACAUGGAGCUGCUUUUGAUGUUGUCCUUCUCACAAGGCUCCCUAGGAUUUCAGGCGGCUGUGGAUAUAUUGCUACAUUUGGAGACGGCUGGGUUUCACUACACAUAGAUGAACUAAUUGGAACUCCAGGAUUUCCAGGAAAGAUUUAUGAACUGCAGAAAUGCACGACUGUCUCAGAGACUCUCGCAAAAUGUUCCAAUUCUACAGAAGGCAAUCCUGAUGUGGAUAGUCCUAAAACCACAUUUUCUGAAAAAAAGCAUGUCUUGGUUGACACACACUUGUUAAUGAAGAAGUCUUUACAGAAGGGAAUUAUGCAGCUACGCGACAAAGCAGAUAACACACAAAGAGCAACAAAACGUAUAGAGAUUCUCCAUGGGCUGCUACAGAACAACUACUCUGCAUCUGAUGCUUUUAUUAAAUCACUGGAAAGGAGAAUAGUCAGUUUCCUCUCAGAGCUGGAGAAAAAGAAAGGAAAAGAGAACUGGGUUGUUGCUCACGCACUCUCUGAUCGUUUUGUUGCCGAAGGCAGUUCAUUCAGGCAUGUGCUGUGGGUUCAUCUGGAGGACAGCGUAGCUUUAGCCAUUGCCCACAUACUGGCAGUCAUUGAUGGAGACAACAACCUCGAUAAUCUGAUCAAUGAUCAGCUGUUGGAAAAGGCUGACUUCUGGCUGAAUGUGUUUCAGGGGGAUCAGUGGGAUCUGCUUCACAUUCCUGUCACUAUCUAUCAGGGGCCGGUAUCUGUUCUGUCAACAAGUGGAGACCAGACAAAGUCAUGGACUUGUCAUUUCCCAUUUAGCUGGGCUUUAAAAGAGAGAUUUGAGGAGGUUUGGUCAUGUGUCAUCAAUCUGGAAGGACCAUGUGUUAAGCCUUCUAAAAGGUACUUUGAGAAGUUUGAAGAACUGAUACCUCUCCCCUGGAUUAAAAGCAUCACACAAGGCCAUAAGCUGUUUGCUCUGUUUUCUGAAGAUCUUGUAAACAUCUCAAUGCGAUCAUGUCCACACGAGCUAAAUAAGUCUUUUUCAGAUACACUCACUAGACUCACACCACGUCUCUAUCACAAUUUAACGGGAAAAGAUCCUGACUCCGUUCCUCUGCCAUGGCUGUAUGUAGUUAAUAAGUAUAUGCAUGACAACCAUCAGCUUCUAUACACUUUAUUUUCCCAAAACACGGAUGUGGUCACUGCUGGGGAAGCAACUGAGGCACUCAGCCAGGUUCUUCAGGGCCUUCAGCCAAAAGAAAAUGAGCUGAAAGAUUUUGUCAGCUGCCACAAGUGGCUAAAGAAAGUGAAGUCCCUGUCUGUGACUGUUGACUUGAUACUUUCAGAGGACUCAACGGUAUCAUGUCAUGUUGAAAACGCAGAAAUGCUAAUCACAAAAAUCAG